UAUAAAAUUUGUGAUCCACCACCUAUAUUGAGUCACGUUGAGGUUCCACGAAGCUCGCUGAUAUCACGGUUCUGCAUUCCUCCUCAGUCCUCACGCCACCGUAAGCUCCGCCACAACAACCAUCACACUCUCUUCCAUGGAUUGGAAUUGCUCGCACCUCGAACUCGCCGCCUCAUCAUCUUCUUCCAAUGGCUACAAGCUCCUGCUCCACGCGCUCUCUCUCAUCCCAACAUGGCACUACCUCCUCGCUGCCGCCAUUGCUCUCAUCACCUUCAUCUACAAUUUCCUUGAAAUCCACUUCCUCGAAGAUCUCUUCUCCGGUUUCUCUGGCUCCCCCGUUGACUUCACCUUCAACUCCUCCUGUGAAUUCUACCACGCCGUCGUUUCCAAGUGCCGGAUCCUUCACGGUACCUACUCCACCACGCCGUGGCUCUCUAGUCCUCAUCUUCAAACCGUUUUCCUCAACUUCUUCGGAAACCCUCCCGUUUUCAAAUACCGAAGACAAAUGUUUAGGACUCCUGAUGGUGGAACUAUUGCUUUGGACUGGCUAACGAGUUCGGAUGUUUCUGGCGGUGCUUUCCACAUGGAUGAUGUUGUUUCCAAAGAGGAAUGUACUCCUGUUGUUAUGAUAAUUCCUGGCUUAACAAGUGACUCUGCAUCUCCUUAUCUCAAACAUCUUGCAUAUCAUACAGCAAAGCGUGGAUGGAAAGUUGUUGUUAGUAACCACCGAGGACUUGGAGGUGUAUCAAUCACGUCUGAUUGCUUCUACAAUGCUGGUUGGACUGAAGAUGCCCGAACAGUGGUUAAUUAUCUCCACAAAGAGAAUCCCAGAGCGCCUUUGUUUGUUGUUGGAACUAGUAUUGGAGCUAAUGUUCUGAUAAAAUACCUUGGUGAGGAUGGUGAGAAUGUUCCUGUGGCUGGAGCUGUAGCUGUUUGCUCUCCUUGGGACCUUUUGAUAGGGGACAGAUUUAUAACCCGUAGGCGUGUGCAGAAAUUUUAUGAUAGAGCACUUGCAAUCGGACUUCAAGGUUAUGCAAAAUUACACCAGCCUCUAUUUACUCGCCUCGCUAAUUGGGAAGGGAUAGAAAAGUCACUUUCUAUUCGAGAUUUUGAUAACCAUGCCACCCGCCAUGUUGGGAAGUAUGAGACUGUUGAUACGUACUAUAGACACAACAGCAGUUCUAUUUAUGUGCAAUCUGUAUCAAUUCCACUUCUCUGUAUAAGUGCUCUGGAUGAUCCUGUCUGUACCAGGGAAGCCAUUCCCUGGGAUGAAUGCAGGGUGAAUAAAAACGUUGUGUUGGCUACUGUAAAGCAUGGAGGACAUCUAGCCUUCUUUGAAGGGAUAACUGCAUCUGGCCUGUGGUGGGUAAGAGCUGUUAAUGAAUUCCUUGGGGUGCUACACUCUAGCAAUUAUAUGCAUGUACAGAAGAAGAUCCCUACACCAAGCACACCAUUGGCAUUGGACUCAUCAAUUGAUAAGGGCCCUUAUGUUAAUGUCAGUGAAGAUGGAAUGGUGGCUGCAUUCAACAAUGAGCCAACAGUAGACAAUGUGGAAGAAGAACAUGUAACACAGGAUAUAAAUCUUGACGGUGAUGGCAGAGUUUCAGAGGAAAAUAAUAAUAAACAAAAUGAGCUUGUGACUAAUACAAAGAGUGGUGAUUCCUCUGGCAUUGCAGAAACAACUAGUGCCCACAAUGCAGUGCCUCUUGAUGUUAUAGCACCUUUGAAAAGAUACCUAGGCCAGUUAUCUCGUCAAAAUCGAUGGUCCAUCUGGUUGCUGGUUUACAUUGCCGUAACCACAAGUUGGCCGCUGGUCGGUUCAGCCCUUUAUGUUGUGUUUGGGAAAAAGCUCAGAAGAUAGUUUCAUGAUCUCUUAUAUUAUUGUUGUAUUUGUCUAUGUAGCUGUAUAAUAAUAUACUUGUCCUACUAUUUCUCUGCCUUUAUAACAGAGGAAAUCUCCAUUUCUAAGGUUAAGUUAAAAUUAAUUCCCACUUUGGUUUGUUUUCUUCAACCACUGGGGGUUUGUAGUCUGCUCUCAUCCUUCCUUGCAACAAAGGAAAAGCCCUACAUGUAAUUUCAUUAAUCUAUUUAUGUGUUUUUCUUUUUGGGUA